UUCUCAUGCGUAAGCUAAGCCACUGCAGGUGGUUGGAGAGCAGGGAAAUGUGAGGGUGAAAACUCAGAGGGUUUGAUGAGGGUUCGAGGACCUUGAGGCCGGAGAGCCACCAAGGUGCUCAUGCUCUCAAGGUGCUCACCCACAACCCAUCAUUUUUAUAAGAAUCAUGGUUCUCGAGCACGCUCAGUUAUUCUUUGGAAAGGUUCUCUCGGCUUUGCUUGUUUUCCUGUCUCUAUCAUUCUUAUGGGGUGAAUGGGAUGGAAAUUAAGGGAGUAGAUGAUUAUGAUCAUCCGCACCCCCUCACCUCCCUUCCGCUCCCGUCCGCACUGGAUACGAGUCCACCCCGUGCGAUGGCAAGGUAACUGGCCUCUUAGCGUGGCUUUAGGCCUUCAAUCUUGUUGGACUGGGUGGAGAAGGAAGAGGUCAGCCCAUGAGGGUCGGGUGGUUGGUCAAGUCAGCCUGGCGAUGCUAUUCGACUCGCUACAUGCAAAAAGUUCCUUGCGAGACGCACCAUCAUCACAAUGCCUACGCUGGUUCGCUGCAUUGUUUACUGCCCCCCACGCCGCCAACAAGACCGAUGCAAUGAGUGGUAUCAUGAUCCUUGACCGGCAACUGACCGUGAAAGGCGCCGGAAAUCGGGCAGAGGGGACCUCAGAAAAGGUAUAAAUAGGGCGUGUGUUUUGCUGGACUCCUGUGUUUUCUUUCCAUCAUCAAGCAUAUCAGACUCUUUAUCAAAGAAAUCAAACCACUUCCAAACAUACAUCUUUUCAAGCGCUUUUAAGCCUUCC